AUGACAGCCGAGAACUUUCACCUCACAAUUGACACCGGGAUCGUCGUGACACAGAACCAGCAGGAUCCUCUUAUCAACACAGACACUCAACUCCGUGCGCAGUCUCUACCAGCCCAUAUCCAACUCCACUCCAGUCAUCACACACACUUCCACCACCACCAACAAGUAUCACACCAAGAUCGCACUCAUCUAGACCCUGAGCGUACCAAUCGCCACAGUCGAUCUACUUCGCCCUACCACGCAGACACACAUGGCCACGGUCGAGGACACAGUCGUGGUCGUAAUGAGCACCGCGUCUCUCCGUCUCCGGAUCGCCAACCGCACGAAGUCUCUGCGAACGCACUUGCUCAAAAACUAAAAGAGCUCAAGACGGGCGAAAAGGCAGCAACAGUAACAAAAUCAAUGACGAAUAAGAGCCAGGAUCCAGAGAAGGCACCGCCUCCGUUGUUGCUAGAUCGGACGGCUCUGAUAUCGCUUGAGCUGCAACAGAGAGGGGAGGAGGUCCUUCAGGAUAUUCUGAAGAACCUUGAGAGCAAGAAGGGCGCAUUGGUAUUGACAGAGUUGGCAGAGAACAAUGAGGCGGAGGAUUCGAUGCCUGAUUCGAGUGAGAUGGUGCGGCGGCAGCAUACAUACAAGCUGAACCCUGAGCUGUUGAAGGAUAACCAUCCUUUGCAGCAGCACCAUGGUGACGCCAAUCUUCGGCACCAUUGA